AUGACGAAAGGAAGGAUGGCCCCAAAAGCCUGCGCAGCUUGUCGAUCACAACGCAAAAAAUGCUCAGAUGAAUGUUUGCUGGCUCCUCAAUUCCCUUCCGAUGAUAUGCAGAGGUAUUUGAUUGUGCAGAAAGUGUACGGAUUCAACAAUGUCGUGAAAAUGCUCAAAGAUAUUAAACCUGAGCAAAGACAAGAUGCAGUGAAUAGUUUGGUGUAUGAAGCCAAAGCCAGAAUGGAGGACCCAGUAAAUGGGUGUGCAAGAACAAUUCAUCAACUGCAGAAGCAGAUAGCUGAGCUGGAAUCACAGUUGGCAGCCAAGCAAGAAGAGAUCAUGAAUAUGCAUUUUGCAUGCGAGAAGCUUCUAUCUCCUCUCACCGUUGAAUCUGUUGAUACCACGUCACAACAAAUUGAAUAUAGCAUGUGUGACGAGGUGGAUCCAAUGAUGUUGUGGGAACCUCUAUGGGCGGUCUAAAUUUAAUAGAUAGCAAUUUGCUAUCUGGACGGAUAUCACUCCUCACUGUU